AAUGAUAAAAUUAGAUUCCAAAUGUAUGUUAUUAUAUUGUAUAUCAUAUUUGGUUUUAUUUGUAUCAUAUAUGAUAAAUUUGAUUUAUUAUUUAUUCCAGUAGAGAAAUAGAGAGCAAAUUAUGUAAAAGGUAAUGAAAUGAAAUAAAAGGCCAAAAUCAUCAGGUAAAUUUCAGGAUGAAGCGCAAUUGAUAUGAAGAUCAAAUUUUUAGAAGUUGUAGGAAAUGCAAUGGUUGAGAAUAUUACUGGAUAUUAUGGUGAUAUGGAGAAAUUGUUUAAAGCUAUGCAAAUAUUAAUAUUUUAUCAAUGUCAGCAUCAUUUAACAUGUGAUGUAUCAGAAGAUCAACUUCUAUGCAUUCAAAGUUUUGGUUUACUUGUUUACUGUAUGUAAUAUUUGUAUUGUAUUAGUUACUGAUUUAAUUAAAUAAAUUAAUAUGAUCCAGUGCAAAAAGAUUUGUACAUCAAAAAAAAUGUCAAUAAAAAAUUUUUUAAUAAA